AUACCGAUCAGUCACUUCGAACACCGGGAGUUGUUAACGUCGCGGUAAAAAAAAAAAAAUUGUUUCUUUUUUCAAAGUUUUAAAUUUUACUAAAGUUGAAAAAGAAACAAAAUAUGGACUAUAAAUAAUUGUUUUUCGAUAUUCGUAGUGGAAUACGAUAGGAAUUUUUUUUUUUUUUAUUAUUAUUUUUUUUUUUUUGCGAAUAUACAAAGAUGUUCGGUGAUACGAUUUUGCUUAGUGUUUUGGUGUCAAUAAAGCUGGCUGUCAAACAAUUGGGAUAUUUUAUCUGUUUCCUCAGCCGCAGAUAUAAAUUACGGUCAAAAGUCGUCAUGAAGGUGUGGGGCGCGCACGGCGAGUUCUGCGCGCGGCACCAGUGGGAGGUCAUCGUCGCGACUUUGGCGUUACUCGCCUGCGCGGCCAGCGUCGAGCGCCACGGCCCCGGCGUCAGACCUGAACGAUGCGCAGGGUGGGCCAGGGCUUGUCCAGGUCUAGAAGCGGAGUACCAAGCAGCAGACGCCGUCCUCAUGACCUUCGUUCGUUGCGCAGCACUUCUGUACGCGUACUAUCAAGUCUCCAAUCUCCAGAAAAUCGCGUCGAAAUACCUCCUAAUCAUCGCUGGCGUCUUUUCGACAUUCGCCAGUUUUGUCUUCACUUCAGCGUUGGCUGGAAUAUUCUUUACCGAAUUGGCGAGCAUUAAGGAUGCGCCGUUCUUGUUUCUGUUAGUUGCCGAUGUUGCUAGAGGAGCGAGGAUGGCCAAAGCUGGUUGGUCCGCCGGGCAGGAUCAAGGGAAGCGGGUAGGAAGGGCGCUUGCGUUGUUAGGACCGUCGGCGACACUGGACACGCUCCUAGCUGUUCUAUUAGUCGGCGUUGGAGCCUUAUCUGGUGUUCCGAGGUUGGAGCACAUGUGUAGCUUCGCGUGUUUGGCUUUGCUUGUCGAUUAUGUAGUGUUCGUGACGUUUUACCCGGCAUGUUUGUCCCUCGUAGCGGAUUUCGCAGCAGGAAGGAAAGAUAUAAGUCCUGACAGUAGAUAUUCCGAAGCCGAUUUGAAGCCAAACCCUGUGGUUCAGAGAGUGAAGAUGAUAAUGGCGGCGGGAUUAUUAUGUGUCCAUUUGACCAGCCGAUGGCCGUGGAGCGCUGAUAGUGGAAACGCUGAAGGACAAGUCGAUAUGGCACCAUCUUCGAGUGAAAACGUCUUACUAAAUUCUUACGUCAAAUGGUUUUCAGUCAGCGCGGAUUACUUCGUGAUAGCUACUUUAUUGUGCGCGUUGAUUAUCAAAUUUGUGUUCUUUGAAGAACAAAGAAAUUGGAUUAUAGACAUGAAUGAUAUGACUGUCAAAGAGGUAGUGCAAAGUGAUGGCGAAUUGACUCACACCAGCCGCAAACCUCUGUUCUCAGUCGGUGAUGAUACGAAUUCUGAAGUCUCCACACAGACUGAAGACUCCUUUUUCCACGAGGAAGAGUGGCCAGUCCUUUCUCCGAGUUCCUCCGCUGCAAAGUUAAACGCAAAGAAACGUCCAAUGGCUGAAUGCCUCGAAAUAUACCGGUCAGAAGGAGCCGCUACUUCUUUAAGUGAUGACGAAGUGGUAAUGCUGGUAGAACAAUCACAUAUACCUCUGCAUAGACUCGAAACUGUCCUCGGGGACCCAUUAAGAGGCGUCAGGCUGCGCAGGAAAGUAAUCUCCACAAGGUUCCAAACUGAAGAAGCUAUCAAUCAUCUUCCUUAUUUAAACUACGAGUAUAACAAAGUCUUGAAUGCUUGCUGUGAGAAUGUUAUCGGUUAUGUGGGCAUUCCUGUGGGGUACGCCGGCCCCUUGGUAGUAGAUGGUAAAGCAUAUAUGAUCCCAAUGGCUACAACUGAAGGCGCGUUAGUUGCUUCCACUAACAGAGGCGCAAAGGCAAUAGGAGCGAAGGGUGUUACAAGUGUAGUUGAAGAUGUUGGUAUGACAAGAGCCCCAGCAGUAAGGCUGCCUAACGUAGUACGAGCUCAUGAGUGCCGCCAAUGGAUUGAUAAUAAACAAAAUUACGCUCAAAUCAAAAGCGCAUUCGAUUCCACGUCAAGAUUCGCGCGCCUACAAGAGGUCCACAUUGGAGUUGAUGGCGCCAUAUUGUAUCUUAGAUUCAGAGCGACAACUGGAGACGCUAUGGGCAUGAACAUGGUAUCUAAAGGUGCAGAAAACGCUUUGAAACUCCUCAAAAACUACUUCCCCGACAUGGAAGUGAUCAGUCUCUCUGGAAACUACUGUUCUGACAAGAAAGCUGCCGCCAUCAACUGGGUGAAGGGCAGAGGGAAGAGAGUAGUUUGCGAGACAGUUAUAACUGCGGAAAAUUUGAAAACUAUAUUCAAAACUGACGCCAAGACUUUGGCUAGGUGCAAUAAGAUUAAGAACCUGUCUGGUUCAGCUUUGGCCGGGUCCAUUGGAGGGAACAACGCACACGCAGCCAACAUGGUCACGGCUAUUUUCAUAGCGACCGGCCAGGAUCCGGCUCAAAACGUGACGAGUAGCAAUUGCUCGACAAAUAUGGAACUUUGUGGGGAAAACAGAGACGAUCUUUACGUCACAUGUACUAUGCCGUGUUUGGAGGUUGGAACAAUAGGUGGCGGUACUGUUUUGCCUGCGCAAGCGGCGUGUUUAGACAUUUUAGGGGUCAAAGGUGCUGGGGAAAUUCCAGCGGAGAAUUCGGCGAGACUUGCGUCUUUGAUAUGCGCUACUGUGUUGGCCGGGGAGCUGAGUUUGAUGGCCGCUUUGGUUAAUUCUGACCUGGUCAAAUCUCACAUGCGUCAUAAUAGAUCGGCUAUAAAUAUGCAACAAUCCGUUACGUAUGAAACUAACACCCUUUCUCUAGAAGUGCCUACUUUAUAACGAAUGUUACGCUUCGUUUUUUUUUUAACUUCUAAGUUUUAGCCUCUGGAUAGCCGUUUGAAGGUUAUAGAACACGGAUUUGACAAUAAAGUUACACAUAGCUAGCGGGAUUGCUUCGGUAAAGCAAUUAUUAAGAUUUUUGACAAGACUUAAGUGUGCGACCGUAGACAAAAUGUGAUCACACAAUCGCGAUAAUAAAAAUUUAGAAUAAAAUACAAAAUUGUGAUUAUCAAUGAACCCAGGAAUCCUUAUGACGUCUUAAAAAAGACGUUGGCUCGAGGACAUAGUUCAAAAUGUAUUUCCAUUUAACGCAAUUAUUUUUUUUCAAAUUUCAAUUAGCAUUGACGCCAUUUAGUAAACAACUGAAUAUUGUUUUACAACGUACUAAUAGUACGUCAUUGCUUUUUGUUUUGAUUUUGAGGCUGUAUAAUUUUUAUUUCAGACUGAAUGCAAAUUCAAUUUUUUUUUCUUCAUACGAUUUGCAUAGGUAUGUUGCAAAAAAAGGCGUUGUCAAUGAUUAUCUGAGAAAGUUUUUUUUUGCAAAUAUUGACGCCUGAAUUUUUUAAAUGUAUAAAUGACCUGCAUUCCAGAUAAGUAUAUACUGCCUUGCAAUUUUCUAAAUCCAAGCUAAUGAGGAGAAAAUAUUAGUAUUUCUGAUUGUAACAAAUAAACAUUAAGACUUGACCGAUCACGAUGGAACAUUUUGGCGCAAACAUAAUUAGACAUUUGCAAAUUUCCAAAUUAGCGCAAAGAAUUGAAACUGUUAAGUAAAAAUGUAUCACGAACGCUAACAUUUUUCUUUAAAUAAAUACAUUUUCAUUGUAUUUCACAAUUUUAUUUUUAAAUAAAAUUUUGAUAUGAACAAAUAUGAUAUAUAUUCGAUUAGUUAAGUAAACGUAUUAUGAUUUUGUUGUCAACAAAUUAUGUAGAGUUACAUUCUUAAAUUAAUUCGUAAUGUAUAAUUGUUAUUUAAUUUAGAAAAUGUAUUUUUUUUUCGGAUAAAACAAAAUAUUAAUCGUAGAUAAUAAAUUUGAAAGUUGGACCAGACUAAAACUAAAAUAUUUAAUGUCUAUAAAAUAUGUUCCUUUUUUUUUAAAUUUAACUUCGGCCUAACUCCUUGCUUUUCUGUUAUAAAAGUAAGGAAUAGUUUGAAAAUUCAAUCCAAAUAAUGUGAUUAUUCAAUAUGUUUUGGAAAAGAAAUUGGUCCCUUUAAAUAAUGUUAACAAUCAAAUGUAAUAAAAAUAAUUCUUUAUUCAUUUCUUCUAUGGUCACGUUGUAAUUUUGUAUAAUGUCAUUAAAAUUUAGUUUAUCGUUAAGUAAGUAUAUUUAUUUCACUUUUAAUUUGUGUAUAAGUUUAUAUUUAGUUUAUUGUAUUUAUUUCAUGGUUUUUAUUAUGUUAGAUUAUAAGCAAUUUGAAAUCCCAACUGUGUGCGUAAACUUCCAUUACUCGAAAUUAGGAUAUCUUUUUUGUACUUAAUUUAUCGUAGAUUAUAGCACGUAUUUAACAUAUUUGCAAUGACUAUGACAUUAGCAUACACAUCAAUUGUUUAGUCACGCUUUCGGUAAGCUAAAGAACUAUGCGCAAUUUUUUUUAUAUGUUUUUUGGAAAUCAUACUAUGAAUAAUACCAAACAUUAAUUAGUUGAUGUUGCUUUAAUUUUUUUUUCUGUUUGUGAUAUAUGGUAAGGCGUUAUCAAUAACAUAAAUAGAAUGAUACACUUUCGAUAAAAUGUCUAUUGUAUCUGUGCACUAACAGCCACAGUUUAAUUUGCGAUAUUAGUCAAAUCUCAUUGCGUUGAGGGAAUUCACUGAAAGAAAGACCCCGACGGGACAAAAAUCUGGUUAUUCUAGCCUCCGUAGCAUGACAGUUUUUUAUCGCCCGAAGAACUGUCACUGUCCCUUUGCACGUCAUAAUAAAAAGUCAAACUGCGAUAGGUUUUCGCGCGCUAAAAAAGGCGGCGUCGCGCGUGACGUGAUACGGGGACGGCUUUAUGUUAUAUUGUGGUUGGCAACACAGUCUAUGAGUGUAUUUUUUUUAUUGAUAAAGGUGUCAAAUUAAUUGUACCACGGCUACAUUAUUGAGUGUUUUUGUAAUUUUGUCGCAACGUAUAGUUUUGAAGUUAAUAGAUUCCAUAUAACAUAUUAUUUUAUUGCGGAACUCGUUAUAAACAAAGAUUUUUAUGAAUUUAUUGGCAGAGUUUAAUUAAUUUCUCCUUUGGAAAUGCAAACGUGAUUUAUUGAAAGUUAACAUUACAUGCGACUCUUAAGAAAACAUCACCAUGUUUUUACAAUGUGUUUGUCGGCCUCAUGUUUAAUUUAUAUUUAAUUUUAAGUGGUUGUGUGUCUGUAAUGUAUAAUUGUACGCGGCAAAUAUUUUGUAAUUAUGACUGAAAUAUAUUGGUGCUUCUGA